CUGAUUCAAAUCAGAAGCUGUUCACCAUCUUCCAGAGCAAGAACUUUUCCCGCCAAAUUCACCCGCCAAAACGCCUAGGUUUUCUUCGGCUCGCUCUCUCUGCAUUUCCUCCUAGUUGCGCCGACCUCAUUUCUCCGAUCGGAAACGACGACACAAAGAAAAGCUUAGUGUACGAAUCGGUGCACAAUUCGAGAAGCGGCGAAGUUAGUGAACCGGAAAAUCAUAAUCAGCCGGUCUAGAUUUUGAUCAUCUGCGAGCUUUGGUCACUAGCAACGAAUUCGAAGCUUUGGCACCGAGUUUUGGUUGUGAUUCAGAUUUGCCAUGUCAUUAGAGAUUGAAGGUUGAAAUGAGAUGCAAUGCGUGUUGGCGUGAAUUGGAAGGCCGGGCCAUCUCAACAACCUGUGGCCACCUUCUCUGCACAGAGGAUGCUAACAAGAUCCUUAGCAAUGAUGGAGCAUGUCCCAUUUGUGAUCAAGUGCUCUCUAAGAGUCAUAUGAAAGUUGUGGAUGUCAAUCCAAAUGAUGAAUGGAUAAAUAUGGCCAUGACUGGAGUGUCUCCAGAUAUAUUAAUGAAGAGUGCACACAGAAGUGUCAUGUUCUAUAUUGGGCAAAAGGAAUUGAUAAUGCAGCGCAAGUUGAGCAUGGUAGCAGGUCAAUACCGGCAGAAAUGUGAAGCAAUGCAAGAAAAGUUCAUGGAGCAAUUGCAAAAGAUGCAGUCUCAGUGCCAGAAAUAUGCCAAGAAGUGCGAAAUGUUGGAGCAAGAAAAUGAGAGCUUGUCCAAGGAUAAGCAGGAGCUCCAGGAAAAAUAUUCAGAGAAAUCCAGACAGAAGAGAAAGUUGGAUGAAAUGUAUGAUCAAUUGAGGAGUGAGUACGAAUCAGUUAAACGAAAUGCCAUCCAACCUGCAACAAAUUUCUAUUCCAGAAAUGAACCUGAUCUUUUCUCAAACCAGGCUAACGUUAUGGAUCGCAGAGAGGCUGUUAGAAAAGAUUGGCGGGUCCUUACUCCUGAAACUCCAGGGCCAAAAGAGGAUAUAUGGCCAGCAAGACAGAAUAGUUCAAACUCGGGUGGUCCUUUUGAUGUCUCUAUCUCACCGGCAAAACAAGCUGCUAUGCCAGUCGAUGCUGUGAACAGAAGGCCUGGUGCUAACCCAAUGUUUGGAUCCGGAGCUAGCAACCCCUCAACGACUUUAAGGAACAUGUUAUUCUCCCCAAUAAAGAGGCCUCAGCUCUCCCGUCGUCCUCAGAUGUUCACGUUCUAGGCUUGAAGUUGAGGGUUUGCGGUUCACAGAAAGUCAUGCUAGAUGGUAUAUAAUAAUCCUACAAUCAUCAGUUCAUAAGAUUCCAAUGCUGCAACAGAAACAUUAAUCAGCUAUCCUGACAUCAUUUGCUAUAGAUUUUCUCCAACUUCAGUUGUGUGUUUUGGGCGAAGCAGCUUUAACAUGGUUUUGGGCACGGAAAUGGUGUCCCUGAUGAUGAUUCAUCUCCCCUUUUCUCCACAGAAACCCUUAUGUAAUUACCUUAACUGGCAGAUAUUAGUAGUACUGUCAGUACAUAGAGGUUGCAUUUUAUCACUCUCUAGAGACGAAUUACAUGAAAUACAAGAGCCUACUGACAUGCCAUUCGUGAAAGCAGAACUUUGAUAUAGCAUGUUGAUAUAAACUUUGGAUGUCUUCAAAGAAC